AUGGAGAACAUUUCUACGGCGGUAGCAACCGUGGGGAAACUGAAACCUGAAAUUCGUCUGGCUCAAACCAUCUCAGAAUUCAGCGUUUCUCUCAAGCGCCAUCAAGAUGACUCUCACAUCCGCUUCAAGAACUUGCAAACAAGAAGCCCACCAACCGCCAUGGAGGUUUUGCGAUUAACAGAAGAGAUCAAUCGAGAUGGGGCUCACCGUCACCGGUCUUGGAGGCCCAACGCCACCCGUCUCGUCACUGUUCUGGAGAGAAUUCGUCAAUUUGCCCCUAUUGGCGACGUGCUUGUGGGAGGCGCCCAAAACCUCUUGGCGUCUGGGGUCUGGGCCACGGUCAGGAUGACUCUGGAGAUAUCACUGAGCUUCCUGUCGUAUUUCGACAAAGUUUCAACUCUUUUAAUGAGGAUUGGUAAAUCGUCUUCUCUCCACAAGGAUUUCGCCUUGCUGUUUCCCACCUGUCGCCAGACUCAGGCGUACAUGUGCGAGUAUGUCAUUGUUUUCAUCAAGAUAUGCAAAAAGAUCACCAUCGACGCCCAUAAAUCAUUUGCGUCUCACCUCGCAACGUCUUUCACUUCCACCUUCGACUCGGUCUUCAAACCACUGGAAGACGACUUACGAUCAUGGGGUCAAUUGAUUGAAAAUCGCGUAGCAGUACUCGUUGCAAAGGCCAAUAUUGAAAGCAACACAUCGUCUGUUGAAAAAUUCAGCCGUUUCCAGAUUAUGAUUUCUCGAGAUGCCGCUCAUCGGGACCGAGAAACGCGUGCGCAUCGGCUUUUUGAAGCCUUGGCUCCCAAUCAGAAGGAGUUCGAGUCCAUUUGGACGAGGGAGCGAAAAAAAGGGACCUCUAGUUGGAUCCUAAACGACAAGAGCUACCAAGAAUGGCUGGGCACAAAGACUUCAGCAACAUUGUGGCUACAGGGUAAUUUGGGGUCUGGAAAGACUGUCACUAUGGCCUCCGUGGUGGCAGAUCGUUUGAUCGCACAUAAGAAUCCUACUGAGACUGCGACAGAUCCAAGAGGAUUCCAAUCAGUAGCAUUUUUCUUUUGCAAAAACAGCAACCAAACAACUUUGCAAGACCACAAUAUCCUCGGCAGCGUUGUACAUCAAGUUUUGAGAAGUUCGUCCCUGGCCCGGUUCCUGGACACCUUUUUAGAUGAACACGAAAUGAAGCAUCAAGUAUUUCACGCCGAGUUUUGUGUUGACCUCCUUCUCUCCAUAACACCACCAGCCUGGCAAUGUGUACUGGUGCUGGAUGGCUUGGACGAAGCUCCUAUAGAAGAGGUGGAAUCAGUUCUCGGUCAACUUCAUCGACUUAUGCAAUUCAGAAGAGUCAAACUGUGCUGCUCUUCCCGACCCACAUCUGGAUGCAAGUCCGUUGCAGCAUCGUCAAUUGGUAUCACCCAGACUAUUUCUUUCGAAAGUGUCGACAGAUCCGAAGACCUGCAAAGUUACAUAUCGGCUGAGGUCGAAAACUGGAAGCUCAUCAGGCCAAUAUCAAGCAGGCUUGAACAGCUUGUCAAGGAACAGCUACUAGUACGUUCUCAGGGCAUGUUUCUGUGGCUCUCACUGCAGAUCGAGGCCAUUUGCCCCAAGUACACACGAGAGCUUCGGUCUGAGUCUGAAAUUCUCGACAUCAUCAACAAUCUUCCCCGAAAUCUUCCACAGGCGUUUGAUCAAGCAAUUCUGAGGAUCCCGGACAUAAAGUACGGAUCGCGAAUUUUCCAGCUUAUCGCGUCAGCAGACCCAUGCCUUUCACUGAAUGAGCUUCGUGUGGCUCUGAACGUCCAACCCGGAUCCUCGAUGUGGAACUCUUCAGCUCUGCAUCCCUCCGGAUUCACUUUGGCCUCGACAUAUGGUGGUAGUCUAUUGGAGAUCGACGAGGAGGACUCAUGCAUCAGAUUCAUUCAUCACAGCGUCCUGUUACACCUCGUUCAAACCCCGGCGUUGCCUGCAGCUUCUCCUUACCACUUUCAUUUGCAUCAAGCAGAGUUUGAACUCGGGGCCAUCUGUGUCACUUAUCUCAACUAUGGGGUGUUCGAGAAUAGCCUGUCACAUGCCCAGAAUGUUUCGUUUGACAAAAUUCCUGGUACUGUGGCAAACUCAAUCUUGAGUCCAAACGCCCUGACAAGAAGACUCAUUUCCCUUAUGUCCCUCGACAGGCGAGCUAGAGCUUCCAACGUAGAUCUAGAGCGAUUGAACUAUGACCUACACCAGUAUCGAUCAGAAAUCCAAGACGAUAUCCAUCUGUUUCUCCCUUAUGCCAGCAAACACUGGCUCAGACUUACCAAAUGUUUUUCCGAGGAUAUCGACCAAUUGAUCUAUUCACUCUGGGAGAACCUGGUGUCCGGUUCUGUAUCGUCCGUAUCAUCCAGUCUCCCUUGGUCUCCAGGCUCCGUGGCCGAUGCAACGAAAUGGUCCCUCUACAACCGUCACGGACCAUUGUUCCGACAUUUGUUGGGUAGCUCCGACGCCGUCGUCUUCCUUCUAUCCGGAGAAGACGCUGGGCUCUUGGUCCCUACAUACCUACUACAUAUGGGCAUCGAUGUACCAGUGCUUAAUUCUUUAGUCGAAAUGGAGUGCCUGCCUUUUGGCACCGGCGACAAAUAUUGCCAGUUCAAAGACCCAGUUGCGGUCGAAAUGGCUCUUGGUACCAUCGCCCGACAUGGGAUACCAAGAGUUCUACUUUUUCAACAAGAAAGUCAAGAAGAAGCGGAAAGGGAUAGAUGCAUCAAAUCUGCGCUACUUCUUGCGCACUAUCUCCCCAGCAUUGAUACUACCCUCAGCAACGGUUCCACCAUUCUACACACCGCUAUCGAGCAUGGAUUUGAGGACCUUGCAGAAACACUGCUCAGAAACCGAGGGGCAGAUCCAGAUGGCGCCCGUCUCCAGGGAAUCUCCAGCCCCUUGCAGCUGUGUCUUCAAAAGAAGUUCAGGAACCUAGCCGUAAUGCUGACCCAGAUGGGGGCUGACAUCAUCGCGACGCCAGACGAAGGCCUACCUCCAUUCUUUCUAGCCAUGGGUCUACGUGACUUGCGGCUUUUUGACGCAAUGUGGUACGGAAAUCCCCACCGAUCAUCGCGCCAAUACGGACCCAAGAAAGAAACAGCGUUCCAAUUUGCGUGCAGAGUCUACUGCGAUCCGAUUAGCAAAGACUAUCCAGACAUCUCAGACGCCCUCAACAACAUCUUUGCGAAAGACCCCGAUGUGAACUGCCCCAAUGGUGACGGUGAAACCCCGUUGAUGAUCACUGCCAUGACGGGCAAUCUUGACUUGAUGAUUCGGCUUUUAGACCAAGGGGCGGAUCCUACAUCUUCAGGUGUUAAUGGGGCAACGCCUCUUCAUCUGGCAGUGGGAAGGACAGUUUCAAGGCUUCUCGACUUUGGCGUUGACCCGAACAAGGUGACACCUGAUGGUAUAUCACCGCUCAUGGUGGCCUCACUACUAGGCGACAUUACUACUGUCAAGACCCUCAUUCACGGUGGUGCGCUACGUUUCCAGGCUGUCGCUGGUGCGGGGCCUCUGUCAGAGGGUGGGAAGGCACUCUUCAGAAUGUCGAAAAGACAACCGAGAUACUACGACGCGGAAAGCUCUCCUCGCAACGCAACAAUAGACAAGAUCGAGGCAGGUGAUACAGCUCUCUCACUCGCGAUAACUCGGCUUGAGUUUAUGACCGGCGAUAAGGAGCAAAUCAGUCGUCUACGUCAAAUUGUGAAGGACACUGCCAAUAAGGAUGACCAGAACAAAGUAAGAGCAAAGGUCACGCAUAUCACGGAACGAUGGGAUGACUUCGAGAAGAUUGUGCUCGAAUUGCUCUCACGGAAGCAUGGCGCAGUGCUUUGGCCAGAGAGGGAAGCUAUCACGCGCCGGUACCGACACACACAUUGCUGGCAAACAAUCUUAGUCGCGACCCGCUAA